AUGGACGAAUCUACCAUAUCGUUAAGUAAUUCUAUGUCUUCAUCGCAACCGAGACAGUUAAUUGAAAGUAACUAUAAGUUGGCGUUAAAGUUCUUUAUGAACAAGAAUUUUAGUAAGUCUUACGAAAUAAUAAAAAAAUUAUAUAAGAGUAGCUUUGGGCAGUUUGCUAGUGACAUAAUAAAUGAAAAAUUGUUCAUCAAGAUUCUAAAUUUAUACUUGACAGAGAUAGGCUUAUUCAUAGACAAGGAUAACAAAGAUACAAAUUUUAAUUUAGAAAGAAAUGAAAGACAAGAGGUAAUUACAACCUUGGCACAAGAUCAAAUUUUAGAUGAAUUAUACAAGGUUUAUAGUGAUGAUAUUAAUGCAAUACCCUCCGAAAUAUUGUACAACUUGUUUCUUAUCUAUUAUAUUAAUAGAACUCUAAUUACAAAUGCGGGAAAUUUGAAAUUAAAAUUUGACAAACUUUAUUACCAAUUUGACUAUAAUUCAAGAUUAGAAGAUGCUUAUUUGAAGAAGUUAAUUGACUUGUACGUUUUCCAAGUUUUGUUAGAUAACGAAAACUUUGAUGAAGCAAGCGUAAUAAUCAGUGAAAACCCCAUAUAUCUGUCUCAAAUCGAAGAAUCAUUGAGUCGUUUGAGCACUAUAAGAAUCGAUAAAGCCAAGAAACAAAAGGAAGCAGAAAACAAGGAAAAGGAAAAACAAGAAAAAUUAAAAGAAAAGAAGAAGCGUGAAUUACAAAACCAAAAAGAGUUAAAGGACAGACAAAAUCUUACUUAUAAAUCUUUAAACCAGAUAAAACAAUCAUCAGCAAAAUUUGAUUCAAAGAAGGACAACAAGCCUAUUAGAGCAACAAAUGGCGGCUAUGAUAUUGCAUUGGUAAGGCAAAAAUUAUUAUAUACUUUGAACUUGUCGAAGAAUUAUAUUAAGACCAAUUCACCUUCAAUUUUAUUAAUUAUCUUAUUACUCUUCAUCUCAUCAAGGUUUAUAAAGGCGAGAAGAAUUAAUGUUAUGGAAAGAUUGAAACUGACAUUACAAAUGGCAUUUAAAAUUAGUUAUUUAUGA